AUGCUAAAGUUGCGAAGCCUGGCCCGGGACUGUGACUUUAAAGAAGUAACUGCUGAACAGCACAGAGACAUUUGCAUUAGAGACGCCUUCAUAACUGGUCUGGCAUCCAACACUAUUAGACAGCGGUUACUGGAAAAGACAUCUCUUACUCUACAAAGCGCUUUUGACGAAGCUAGAGUGUUAGAAACAGCCACAACGCAUGCUCACGCUUACAAUUCAACGAACGAAAUCUCCUGUGGGGCAAUGAAAACACCAACUAGCUCCCAUCUAGAAACAUACAUUUCUAACGAAGACCAGGAAUUAAAUGCCAUUAAGUCGCUAUGCUACUUUUGUGGUAGGAGGAGACACUCUAGGACUGAAUGCCCUGCUCGAAAUGCAUUAUGUCAUCAGUGCGGUAAAAAGGGACACUUCCAAACUGUUUGUAAAUCAAGUAAAACAACAGCCAACAAAGCUGACAGCAAAAUAUCACUGACCAGUGUGAUAACUCCAUGUACCUUGUCAUCAACGCAUUUCUCUGGGCUUACACAGUCUACGGCCCAAGUGAACGUCAACGGGUUGCUGUUGCAAGCUCUCAUAGACACUGGCAGCUGUGAAAGUUACAUAUCAGAAGCCAUCGUCAAGAGAAAUAAAUGGCCAGUACGUCCGUCUACAAACAGAAUAUUCAUGGCCACUACACAUCUUUCUGAAAAGACAUUAGGACAUACAUUAGCCGAUGUCCAGUACAAGGGAGAACACUACAAAAAGGUCAAACUUUUUCUACUUGCUGGAUUGUGCUCGGAUGUAAUCCUUGGUGUAGACUUUAUAAGUCUUCAUAAGGAAUUGACCAUACCGUACGGAGGAAAACGCAAUCCUCUACACAUCUGUGGUCUUAAAGCAGCACGAGUCGAAACACCGAGCCUUUUCAGUAAUCUAACUUCUGACUGCAGACCUGUGGCUACUAAGUCCCGAAAGCACUCAAUAGGUGAUAACAAAUUUAUUGAGUCCGAAGUUAGAAAACUCCUCUCGGACAAAAUCAUUGAACCUUCAAAGUCUCCCUGGAGAGCACAGGUGCUUGUGACAACAAACGAGAGACAUAAAAGAAAGAUGGUCAUUGAUUACAGUCAAACAAUAAAUCGCUUCACCUUACUGGAUGCAUACCCAAUGCCCCGAGUCGAUGAACUGGUAGAACGGAUAUCCAACUAUUCCGUUUUUAGUACUCUAGACCUCAAAAGUGCCUACCAUCAAAUACCAAUCAAGACUGAGGAAAGGCCGUUUACUGCAUUUGAGGCAUGUGGCAACUCUACCAGUUCUGUCGCAUCCCUUUCGGUGUUACCAACGGAGUUGCAUGCUUUCAGAGAAUAA